UCUCCUUGGCACGCUUACCUAGCCCCAAUGGCCACAAGUAAUGAUCCAAAUUCUUUUUCUUCCCGGCUUGCGCUCCUCCGGUAGCCUUUGCAUUCAACCACUUUCAAGAUCGCUCUCCAUUUGUGAUUGCUUUUUCCCUCCAGAAAACCAACCACUCCCUCUCAUACUACCCCAUUUAGCUACCGUCUACUAGAACAACCAUGACUUCUGAAUCGCUAAGCGCUCCUGUCGUCCCUGGAAUUCUCAGCAAACCUGACAUUGGGAUCACUCAGCCACCCUCUCAGCCGGUCUCUCAGCAGGAAAAUAGCGACAUUCAGAUACCCGUGCCUACUAAAAAGAUCGAGUCUACUUCUGGGGAACCAACGGUCGAUGAACCAAACUCUUCUCAGGAUGUAAACCCUACGGAGGAGGCAAAACUAACGGAAGACUCCAAGCAUCCCGAUUCAGCCUCUGCUCCAGCAACCAUUAUUUCUGGAGCACCCAUGUCAAAUGGAAAUACAAGCCAGCCAGCGGUAGGUGACAAGCGAGAGCGUGAAGCAGCUGCACCUAGCACUGCUCCAGACAAGCCUAGCACCGAUGAUCCACUAGAGCCAAGCCCCAAAAAGCAGAGAACGGGUGAAGACAACUCAGAAAUUGCCCAUGGCUCCUCCUCAUCUCCUGUCCCUACCGCGACUGAGAAACCAAGCGAAGUUUCCAACGGAGAGAAGAAGAAGAAGAAGAAAGGGGGACGACCUAAGAAGACGAACGACGCUAUCAACCGAAAUAUCCCCGCCGAUGGCAUCGGUAGUCGCACUCGUAGCCGGACCAAGGUUGUGUCUUAAUAAUAAAAUGGUUGCCUCCGACUCAUAAAACAAGGACUAGAGUGCGCAGGGCACUUUCUCGAUUGUAGGGAUUUAUCCCAAUUUGGGAUUGAAGUGCGAACUGUGUAUGUAACUACUUAUUUUUUCGUGGACGAUAGGUGAAGCCUACUGAGUAACCCAGUGAAACAACCCAAAAAUGUCAGAUCAUCUAGGUAUUUUUCUUGAAAACAGUAGAACUGUAGCACCCAAAACCCUUUUCUAAUUUCAUUGUCCUCGUCAUUGUCCCGGUGGUUGCCAGCAACAUGGGGAGACUGACUCACACCCCGGAACGGAACAAC